AUACGCCACUCAGUACUAUCCCUUCGGUACUAACGCCACCUGUCACUGAUUAUAGAUUUAGCUAGCUAAAGUUUGUUGUGCUUACGUUAUGGUUUGAUGGCGUAAGAACAUGCUAGUACAGUAAGAUAAGGUAUAAUCUUAAUUGUAAUGAGUGAGAGUUUUUCCCGUGUACUGUUGCCUAAUUAGUUGCUGAGGGGAAAAGUUGCUAGGCUAGCUAUGUUAGCUACCCAGGCUCGUUAGGUGAAUGAGGUACGCAAGACACAUUUUAAUCACUUUGAGGAGAUAUGUUGGACCAAUAAACGCUGAGUGGCGAGUUCCACUAGACACGUGUUUACCCCAGAGAUGUUUCCAGAACUAAACAGCAUUCUCAACACCAGCCCGGACAAUUUCAAAGAAAGAGAAUUUAUCGUGCUGUCUGACAAGCAGGCAGAUGCGUCUUUCCUAAUACAUCAUUACCUAACGUUCUACUUGCGAGCUCGCUGCAAAGUGUGCUUCUUGGGUCUUGUGCAGUCUUUCAGCCAUUACAGUGCUGUUAGCCAAAGGCUGGGGGUGAAUCUGACCCAGGCAAAGGAGAAGGGACAGCUAGUGUUUCUUGAAGCACUGAAGGCGUCUCCUGGAGUCCUGCUCAACAAGGGCACGAGUGAUGGCAUACAAACAUUUGAUUAUCUCAGGUCUCCAUUCCCUGAGCUGAGAGGACUGUUUGAGUUUGUGCACAGCUCCCUUACUGAGAGCGGGGAUGAUGACGGAAAGCCGUGGGGGCCGCCGGUGCUGUUGGUUGAUGACCUGAGUGUCCUGCUGAGUUUGGGUGUCAGUGUCGGGGCGAUACUUGACUUCACCCACUACUGCCAGGCCACCAUCUGCUCCCAGCUUCCGGGCACUAUGGUAGUUCUGGUUCGACGUGAUGAGGAGUGGGAUGAAGAAGAGUACAGUUCUGGUCAUCUCCUGCAGGGUGUCACUCAUCAGUGCAGCCUGUCUCUGCAUGUGGAAGGGCUUUCCACUGGUUUCUGCAGGGACAUACACGGACAGGUGGCGGUUUGGUGGCGAAAAAGAGGACAGAGUGCCCAGAGCCAGCGAAAGAUUUUUCAAUAUAAAGUUCAUGACAAGGGGGCAUCUUUCUUUGCCAGAGGAACUUCAAGCGCUGUUCUUUAAUAGUUUUCACCAUAAUACUACUUCUUGAAGACAGACUUGUUCUGUUAUUCUGACUUCAAACACAGUAUCAGUACAAAGUUCUUGACAGGUUCUUUCUCUAUAUGAAGGACUUUGAGCAUCAUUCGUGAUAAGAAUUUUGUUAUUCUGAUGUCACACUGGACUAUUGUUGAACUUUGGAUUACAGAAAUAUUUUUGCCUGUAGCAUGUAAAGUAUUGGCUAAUGGAGAAUAUAAAAACAACUGCUAUCUCUUGCCGUGGUGGGUUUAAAGUUUUUUUUUUUUUUUUUUUUUUUUGCUCAGGAUAAAUGGAGCACCAGAGUUGCAGCAGAUAUGUUUCUUGUGUUCAUGUUUCUCUUUUUAUGUAGUCUGUAUUGAUGUGAUGCUGUGUUUUAUAUUGAAACAUAAAAUGCACACGGUUUGAUAGCAAAACAUGAUACUCAUAUAAUUGCAAAACUUGUUUGUUAUGCAUGUGUGCUUUUCAGAAUGAAUGCUAGACCUCCAACACUUGUCUUUGAAUUGUAUUUAGAUGAAAUAGGCUUUAUUGUACAAUAAUGUAAGUGCAGUUUUCAUACGGGAAAAAACAUAAAAUUCUCAUUACAUAAACUUUUUAAACAUUUUUUUAAAAUGAUUAUACAGAUUUAUAAAAAAUCUAAUAAAGAUACAGCUCUGAUCGAA